AUGGAUGCUAAGUUGAUAGCGGCUUCCCUCGAAGGCAAAAUCGAUGACUUCUAUGACUUAAUUCGAGAGUGUCCCAAUAUUCUCGAAGAAGUCGAUAAGAUGUUGGUUGAUAACCCCAUGCACCUUGCGGCAAUCAAUGGUCACACCCAUUUCGCCGUGGAGAUGAUGAGGCUAAAUCCGUCAUUCGCGAAGAGGUUAAACCCGGACGGGUUUAGUCCCCUCCAACUCGCUUUACAAAACGACCGCAUCCAAACAGUGCUUCGGCUGCUUGCAAUGGACCGAGACCUGGUUCGUGUACAAGGAAGAGAAGAUAUGUCUCCUCUGCAUUACGUAGCCAAACAUGGUAAUAAUCAACUCUUGUCUGCUUCCCUAUCUACAUGUCCAGCAGCCUUGGAGGACGUGACAAUUCGCAACCAAACUGCUUUGCAUGUUGCUCUGGACAAUGAUAAUGUUGAUUGUGUUGAAAUCAUUCUGAAAUGUUACGAGAGAUUUCCCCAAUCUAGAUGGGAAAAGAUGCACCUAAAUUGGAAAGACGACAAUGGAAACACCCCGCUGCAUAUUGCCACCGCCAGGAAGCAAACCCAAGUUGUGAGGGCAUUGAUAGAUCGUCAAGUUGACAUAAAUGCGAUAAACUUAGCAGGUUUAACAGCCUUGGCUAUCUCAGAGCAGCCAGAUGAGGAUGGAAAUGAAGAAAUCAGUAGUAUGCUACGUAGUGCCGGUGCAUGUGCUGAGAUUGUGCUUACAAUAGUGAAUACCAUUGAGCCUUCCGUCAGGUGA